CUCAAAAACCAAUUAUUCGCCAGUCUCCUUUAAAAAUUCAGAACAACUCAUUAAAUGGAUUUUGAAGAUGCCGCUUCAACUCAACGGAAUAUCACGUCCGCUCGAAACUCUGAUCCAACGGUUGAAAGGGCCAUCCGUACGGAAUCAGAUCGGGAGUUGCUUGUCUUUUUAACGCCCGCGGGAAACAAUUUGUUUAUAAAUACGUCAAAAUGAAGCUAUUUUAGUUUUUUCCCCUUUUUUUAUUUAUUUUUGUAUACUUUUUUUUCGUUUCAAAAAAUUCAACGUUCGAUCGUUAUCUUAAGUCACUCGUGUACUCCAUUGUUUCUUGUGAAAUAGUUCCUUGUUUGCUUUUGUGUCUUGUUUUUUCCUUUUGAAACUAAGGUUUCAACCUUCCUGGUUUGGUGAGUACUGUAAAUUCCAGAUCUUUUUUUAUUGUUUUGAUUGAAUGGACUUGGAAAUGAUCACCUAUUUCUGGGUUUAAUUCGUAUUGUUUAUUAGUGUUUUCUGAAUUCUGGGGUUUUUUUCUUUUUUAUGUUUUUAGGUUGCUUAAUGAUAAAGUUCGGAUUUUUUAUUUUUAAUCUUUGUGUUUAUCUGUUUGAUCGGCUACAUCAAGUUUUCAUUUGAAUCGACGUGUUUUUUUUUUUUUGGAAAUUUCGAGUUUUGUGCUUUGUGGUUUCCAUGGUUUUGUAUAUGUUAUUGCUAAGAAAUCGUGUGUAUGAACUGUAAAUUAUAUCCAGGCAUAAGAGAAACCUUAAAGAAUUAAUUGUCGUUUUAGUCAUUAAAUUUUCAGUAGUUUAUUCAGAAAUGAAACUCUAAGUGGAGAGUAUCUUAGAGUUGGAUCUAGAUCAAAGUGUAAAUAAAGAAAGUAUUUUAUCUAAUUUGACUUUGACAAUUUUUAUUUAUUAUCUUUUAAGAUGGUUGCUUUAGGAUAGAAUAGAAUUGAUUCCACUGGUAAAUUUAGAGGGCUAACACGAUUUUAUUCUGUAGUGCAAUGAAAAUCCACUAAAACAAACUUUUUUAAUGUAGUCCUUUUUGUUGGCUUUAUUACAAAGUUAUUCUUAUUUGGGGUUUCGUCUGAAAUGAAAAGAAUAUCUUUCUCAUAACUCCUUUUGGGUUUCUUUUUAGACAAGGUGGUCUUGAUUCUUAACUCAUGAUCAAUAGUGCUUACUUUUUUAAAGAUAUAUUUGAAGGAGAAAGUAUCCUCAGAUUGAGGAAAAUAAAUUGAUACUUCAUCAUUUGUUUAUUUACAGAAUUUUUAGUACCUUUUUGCAAUUAAUUUUAAUUAUUUUGAAUGAACUUUCACAGAGUAUCAUCAAUACAAAUAUAGUUCAUGUAGAACUUGGUGCUCUAUAGACAAUUGACUUAAAUAGUUUGAAAAAACUAGAGCAAAUAGAUAUGACUACUUAGAUUUCUAGGUUUCCAUAACUUUCCACAAAGAAAGUGUAUUGCUGCAGUUUCUUAGUUUGAUGCUUGCAGCAGAGCCUUUGCCCUUUGGUUUUCAGGGUAAUUGCAGUUUUAGGACUUAUUUCUUCAUGCAUGAAUACGGAUAUCCAAAUGCUUUUUUUUAUUAUUUUUUAUUUGUGAACAAAUAUCUAAUUGAGAAUUGCUUGUACAGAUGGUCAAGUGUUUGUUUGAAGUUGAUGAUUAUGAAUCAGCAAGAUUCAGAUUUCAUGCAUUGGGUUCUGGGGGGUGACCUGUUUUAUCCUUCCGUAUAUAGUUAUACAAUACAGCAUGAUAAUGGUGAAAUGUAUCAUCACAUGCAUGAUUUUAGAGGUCAUACGGAUGCUCAAAGCAGCCAGAUAGAGAAUGAUAAGGUCAUUGCUGGUAUCCUUCAGGAAGAGUUCUCACAUCUGGAUGUAGCAGAAGCUUCUCAAUUUUCUCAUGCUGAUGAACAACAAUUGCAGGCAUCCAGUGGACCUUAUGAUUGGUAUAGUCCAUUAGCAACAAACUACAAUUAUUCAGCCUAUGAAUAUGGCCAGGAUGAAUCUGAUGUUUUGGUGCCACCUAGUUCGUGCCCUAGCCCUAGUGAUUCGGAGGAUUUUUCCAGCUCUUUGGAGCCGACUGAUGGAUAUUAUAUACUAGAUGAUGAUUUAGGCAAGAGGUUGAAUCAAAUGAUUCCUAUUCCUCAUGUCCCUAGAAUCAACGGCGAAAUACCAUCCUUCGAUGAAGCAAUGUCUGAUCAUGAAAGGUUGUUAAACAGGUUGCAGCUAUACGGUUUUGAUGAGCUCAAGGUUCAAGGAGAUGGUAACUGUCAGUUCCGUGCACUGUCAGAUCAGAUAUAUCGUACACCAGAUAAUCACAAAAAUGUGAGACGUCAAGUUGUAAAUCAGCUUAAAUCUCACCAAGAGGCAUAUGAAGGAUAUGUCCCCAUGGAUUAUGCUGACUAUUUGAAGGAGAUGUCCAAGAGUGGCGAGUGGGGUGAUCAUGUCACAUUGCAAGCGGCUGCAGACACGUAUGGUGUGAGAAUUUUUGUUCUAACUUCAUUUAAGGAUACUUGUUACAUCGAGAUCAUUCCUAACUUCCAGAAGCCAAAAGGAGGGGGGUCGGCUCUCCUAUUAGGAGAAGCCUUUGAAGUGUCGUCCUCUGAGCAGCUGAUCAGACCCUCGAACAGUGGAGUGAUUUUCUUAAGUUUUUGGGCCGAAGUUCACUACAACUCAAUCCACUUUCAAGGAGAUUUCCCCUCAACCGAGGUUCAAAAGAAGAAGAAGUGGUGGAAUUUUGGGAACUAACAGAAUAAAGAUAAGCCAGCCAUGCUUCCAUCAUUUUCUUGGUUUGACUCGACUAAAACAGUUUGAUAGCUUGAAGACAUACAUAUGAGGACAGUGUUUCCUUUGAACCUUAGAAAUACAUUUUCAUUUCCGAACAAUAGACGGGUACCUAAUACUACUAUAUACUAUGAAAAAAAGAAUAAAAGACAGCUCCAGCCUAUGAAUAAGGAAAACUGUAGCAGAUGUUGAGAUUUGAUCUCUACAUCUGUUGAAAGUCACUUAAGAGUGGCCAUAAAAACGAAGGGGUUAAAUCCAUGGUUCAUUCUUUUUUGUUUUUGGUAUCUUUUUACCAUUUUACCUUUCCUUUGAAUGUUACCAAUAUGCACAGGUCAUAUUUUGCACACAGGAAAUAAAUACCAAGGGGUUAAAUCCAUGGUUCA